AAAUAUCAUAUGGACAAGUAUCUAUCUAAUCUAUCCCUCUAUAUAGUUAGUAAGACUAGUAGAACAAUUUCUAAGAUUACAUCGUUACUUAAUUGCUAUCCAUUGUUCAAAGUGACUAAUCAUAUUCAUCUAAAUGCUAAGCUAUUAUUCAGAAGUAUAUACAUUUCUCUAUAUUUUAGUUAAUUUUCUCCUUUUAUUUUUUAAGAAUUAAUCAAUACCAUCAUUUGCAGUAAUAAUUUGUAUAAUAGAAAUCCAACUCCUGAGUAUAUAUUUUUAUAAAAAAUAGGCUUUUCUAUUAAUGUUCAGAAAUUUUUUAAAAUGCUAAUUAAGAUUUCAUUGAUUAUAUUUUUGAUAUUACCCCAAACUAAAAUGACGAAUCAUAACUAAUCAAGAAGAAUUUAUUUCGCACUUUAAUUUCUGUUGUAGAAUGUGAUACUCUUAAUGAAACAAUAUGUGGUUACUUAUAUAAAGCAAUGAAUUCUUGUAUUCAAAAAAGAGGAACUGAUGUCUGGAACUAUUUAGAAAAUGAUUCAAGAAUUAUAUCUUCUUUAAUCAAACAUGUUGAUUAACCUUAUAUUUGUCGUAUCAUUACAGAAUUGAUUAUUUUUGGCUAUUAACCUUAAUAACUAUUAGAUUAUUCUUAUAAAGCUCAAUAAAUCUCUAAUAGAUUAUUUAAAAUGAUGAUUUAUAAAUCUCAUUCAAACUUAAUUGUUGAUAACAUUUCUAAUAUUUUUAUAGAAAUUUUUUAAAGAAAAUAAUAGAAUCCAAAUUUAGAAAUAUCAAAAAUCUUAGAAACAUUUCAACAUCCAAAACAAUUAUUUGAUUUAGAAAUUCAAUCUAAUUCAAAAGGACCUUACAGUAUAUUAAAUUUACUUUUAGAAUAUAUAAUUAAUUAUUAAUAAGAUCAAUUAGAAUUAUUAUUUCUUAAUGUUUUAAAAUUAAUACCUUAAUAAUUGAAAGUUCAGAAUUAUUAAAAAGAUAACUAUUUUGGAAAGCUUUUUGGUAGUUCAAAAAUGGCAUUAAUACUUUUAACUUUCUAAUUAAUAUAGUAUUAUUAUAUGUUUUAAAUUUAGAUUAAAAAAUGUUGCAAUCAACUCUGAAUUAAUACAGUAAGAUUUUGCGGAUAUUUUUAUUAAUAUUGCUCUUGAAUUUCCUUUACAUUAAUAACUUCAUCAUUAUGUUUUUUGGAUAUUCAAAACAAUAAUUGAUAGCGAUUAACCAGAAUCAAUAUCAAAAGUAAUUUAAUAUAUUAAACAUUAGAUAAUUGAUUCUCUAUUAAACUUUAUUAUUGAAUAACUUAGUAAUCAAUAAAAAUAAAACUAAGUUGAAUUAGAAGGAUUUGUAAGUCAAUUAGCAAAGUAUUUGAUUGAUAGACAAAAUAAUGUAAUUAUUGGAUAAGCUAUGAAAUAAAACUAAUAAUGGAAAUUAAUUUGCUAAACAACUUUAAAAAAUAUCAAUCAAAUUGAAUAGUCAUUCCUAUUUAAUUUUAAUCCAAAUUGUAAAAUAUUAGAUCAGUUAUAAAAUUUAAAUUAAUUUGAAAUUGAAUAAGAGAUUAAAUUAGAACAAUAAAAAUAAUAAUAAUUAUUAUUAUAAGAAUAAUAAUAAAUUUAAUAAGAAAAAUUAGGAUAAAAUGAGUAAUUUAAUUGA